AUGAGCACAACCACCAUUCCACGACUCGAGUUGUGUGGUGCUCUUCUCUUGUCUGAGCUAGUCGAAGAAAUUAAAGCAGAAUUAUCAACAAUAAAUGUCCAGUUUAGUUUAGCUGAAAUAGUAUUGUGGACCGAUUCCACGGUGGUCCUGGGAUGGAUUCAAUCAGCUGUACAACUCAAGUCCUUUGUGGCUAAUCGCAUAACUCAAAUUCUGGACAAUACUGAAAGAACAAUGUGGCGUCACGUCCCUACAUCUAAUGCAUUAGUCGAUCAAAAUCAUAUGUGGUGGAACGGACCAAGCUGGUUACUGGACACAGAUGAAUUAUGGCAAGUCAGAUUACUUCCUGAAGAAGACCUGCCAGAGGUGCGUCCUAUCAAAUUGGUGCUUGUAGCCACCAAUGUGGAUACAGGUUUUAUUCUAAACCGAUGUUCAAAGUGGUUAAAACUAAUUUAUGUAACUGCAUAUAUGCGUAGAUUUAUAUUCAACUGCAGGAAGAACGAUAAUAAUCAACAUCUUUGUCACACUAUUUCAUUAACUAUUCCUGAGUUAAAUGAAAGCAAGCUAUGGUGGUUACGUCGAGCCCAGGCACAAGAUUUCAACUCAGAAAUAAAAUCCUUGCAAAAGGAAAAGUGUGUUGGUCCCCGCAGUUGUCUUAAAUCGCUCAACCCAUAUCUUGAUGAUGAUAACUUGAUUAGAGUGGGAGGCAGGCUAACUUAUGCUCCAAUAUCCGAACGUCGAAAAUGUCCAAUUGUGUUGUCAUCUAAAAACUCGAUAGUUAAAAUGCUAUUUCAUCAUGAACAUAUUCAUUUGCUUCAUAUAGGUCCUCAGGGAUUUCUAGCUAGGACAUAUUCAAAGGACAUAUUGGCCCAUCAGAGGUAG